AAAAAACAAAAACAAAAAACAUUGAAAAUGAAUCGAUUAAAUUUAAAUGAAUUAGAUCAACAAUUGAUUAAUUGUACCCAAAUGAAUCAAAAAUCCAAUGUAUCAUAUGGACAAUUAUAUGAUAUUGCAAGAUCGAUUGUUUCGAUUGAUUUUGGUCAAACUGCUGCUCAUAAUAUCAAUACGAAUCACGAGAGCAACAAGAAGAAUGAUACGGAUCAUGAAGAAAUGGAAAAAACAUUGACAAAAAUCUUACAAUUAUGUCAAACGAUAAUUGAUUUUUUAUUAGCCGAUAUAAGACGUUUGGAAUUGGAAAAUAAAGAAUCCACCAUUGGUAAUUCAAAUAAUAAUUUGUUACAAGAAAAUCGUAAACUAAGAAAAUUAUUACAAUUACAACAAAAAUCAAUUAUUUAUCGUCGAAUAAAUUUUUCACAAGAAAUUCAUACAUUACCUGAUCAACAGCAACAAUCAUCGAUUAUUGAUCAAAAUGGAAAUAAUAAUAAUAAUAAUGAUGAUGAUAAUAAUAGUAGUUUAUAUAGUUUAGAUCAAUUACCAUCAGAUUCAUUGAAAUCAAAUUCUACAUCAAAACUCCAAUGUACAUUUUGUUCGAAAAUUUUUAGUGAUUCACAAGCAUUUACAAAACAUUUACAACUUCGUCAUUUUAGUUCAUAUUCGAAUGUUGAUGAUCCAUCAUCAAUAUCGCUUCAAUCAUCGAUAACAUCGAAUAUAUCAUUUGUACAAAGAAUAUUACAACAACAUUGUUGUUUAAAACAACAACAACAACAAGAAUUAUCACAAUCCAAUACGGAUAUAACAAUAUCGGUGGAUAAAAUUGAAGAAUUAUUCACCGAAUUUGAUGUUUUAAAAAAUAAAUUAAUAAAAACUGAAACACAAUUGAAUGAAGAAAAAAUGGCAAGAAAAAUAUUUGAAAAUGAUUUGAAAAAUAAUUUUGAUGAACAAAUUCAAUCGAUUAAAACAAAAUUAGAGAAUAAAAUUCGUAAAAUUCAAUCACAGCAGCAACAACAACAACGACAACGUUCGAUCAACAAACCGGAUCAAAAAGAAACAUUCGAAAAAGACAACCGAUACAGUGAAAAUAGUCAAUCUGAAGAUGAAAAAAUUGGUUCAAAAAUCGAUGAAAUGUUUGAUGAAAAUGAACAAAAAUCGUCAAGAAAAUCAAAUGAAAACAUUGAGAAAUCAAGCAACAACUUGGAACAAACAAACGACAAGAAAUCCAUUCAAUCUGAAAAUGUAAAAAACAAGAUUAUUUUGAAUGAACAAAAAACUGAUGAUAAAAAACUUAAACAAAAUUUACGUAUGGAAUUAAUUUCACAAUUGACAACCAAACGAGAACAACGACAUAAACAGCAACCGAUUCCGAUUAUCGAACCGAAAAAAUCGGAAGAAAAAACUAAAAAUAAAAAAGAUUCGAAAAAAGAAGAAACGAGAUUAAAACAAUCGAAAAAUGUUGUGGAUUCGGAAAUUGUUGAUGAAAAAAGCUCAAACAACAACAACAGAAUUGGUGAAAAAACCGAACAAACUAACAAAGAACAAGUUAAAUCGGAUAUUUAUAAUUCAAUAGAAACACGUAUAAAAUCUUACCUAGAAAAUGAAAAUGAUGAUGAAAAUGAUGGACAAAAUGAUCAUUUUAAUCAGGCAAUGCGUCGUAUACAAGAUGAUCGAAAUCUUCUAAUUCAACAAUCACGACAUGACUAUGAUUUUGUUAAAAUUGAAACAUCAAUUCGUGAUAUAAUCGAUAUGAAAUUGAAGAAUAAAAUCGAAAAAAAUGAUGAUAAACAAACUUCUACUGAUCAAACAUCGAAUGAAACAUCGGGUCACAGCAAUGUGGAAAUAGUUGAAAUUGAAACUCAAAUGCCAAAACAAUUGCCGGAAAAGACGAAAAAACAACCUUCGUCAACGGUUGUUUCAUCGAAAGAUUCGCCAAAUGAAACAACAACAACAACAACAAAUAAUUUAAAAUCAAUUCUAAAAGAACCGGGAAAAAUUGCAGAAAACAAACGAAAUAUAACAUUUAAUAAUGAAGUAAUUGAAUUUGAAAUUAGUCCAUUAAAUAGUGAUAAUGAUGAUGAUGACGUUGAUGGUGAUUGGACAUUAUCGGAUGAUGAUCAUCAUCAAACAACAAACGAACAAAAUAUUGUCAAAGAAAUUGAAACAACGAACAAAGAACAACCAUCGAUAAAUAAUUCGAAUCGAAUGUUUAAUAUUGUUGAUGAUUUGAAUCUUGAUCAAAAUCUUGAUGAAGAACCCGAAAAACCCGAAGAAAUAUCAUCAAUAUCAUCAUCAACUACAUCAUCAACAACUAGUUCUGAAGAUGAAAAUGAACAAGUUAUACGGAAAAUGCCAAAUCAAACUGAAUCUGUAAAUAAUCCAGUACAGCAGCAACAAAUGAUAAAAGUAGAUGUUCAUGAUAAAUCUGAAAAUUCCAUUUCGAUAAUGCCAAUACCGGCAAAACGUAAAAAUGUUUCACAACCAACAAUCAAUAAUACAGCAACGAUCGGAUUCAAUAAUACACUUAAUUCAUUGCUUGAUGAUAAAUUGUCGAAUGAUAAUGAUCGCACGAAAAAUGAUCAAACACUUCGUGUAUCCGAAUUGGCCGAAAUGAUUGAGAAAAAACUUCAAAGCCCGGCACGUUCUAGUCUUUCGCAAAAUGCUGUAAAUAAUAAUUCGACAAAAAAACUCUUUUUAAAUAAUACAAAUUUAAAUACACGAAACAAUAUUCUUGAUGCAUAUGAUUUAUAUGAAUUUUGAAAAUGUUUUUUUUUCAUUAAAAAAUAAAAAUAAAAUAUUUAUGAAUUA